UAUAUUAUUAAAUAAUCAACUUGUUGGAAUCCCAACUGAAUUUAGUGAUGAAGAAAUGUAGACUUUGUUAAUUCCAAAUUGUUAAGAUUUGAGAAUGAUUUUAUUUCUAGUAAGGGUCUCUCUUUGAGAUAGAGAAUGGACCAAAGAGUGUAGGUUUUUCUUUAAAGCAUCUAAUGCUUAAAUUCUCACAAAGAGAUUUGUGUCCCACUUUUCUCUUCUAUGUGUCUUUGCCAGUGAGAUUUUUCCUACAAUCACACCAUUUUUCUUUCCUCUUUGUAUCUUAUAUAAAGUCUUCUAUAAUUGACCCAAUGGUUGUUACAAAUGAAAAUUAUUUGUGUUAUAUAUAUUGACAUAUAUAGUUUAAAAUCCAGAAUUGCAUCAAUAAUUUUGUAUAUUCAUAAUUUUAAUCAAAAUUCAUUGCAACAAAAUUUGCUCCGACUUUCCGAGCAUAGGAUCUUGUAAACAUGCAUAUACGUUUUACGUACAUAUUUUUUUUGUAUUCAAGCAUAUAAAUACAUGUACAUGUUUGGUACUAUAUUUGGCUGAAUCAUGUCAAAGCUCUGCAAAAUUUAAAAAAUUCAGCCUGCUCAAAUAAGUUCUCCAUGUGCAUUUUUAGUUAACCAGGUUGUUUUCCUUUGCUAUAAUUAAUUUCUCAAGAUAAGUAUAGCUAGCUAGGCACUAGAAACCCUAAGUCACUCUAUAUGUUAUCACUUACCAGUUACGCCCCUUUAAGAAUGCUUACAUGCAUGCCUGUACUUUUUCAACAUACUUUCCUUUUUGGAAUUUCUAUCUUACCACUGAAUUCAAAUUGAAUAUAUAUUGAGGAAUUGUAAGAAAAAAAACAAUUGUUGGAGAUGUCGGAGAAGAAAAUGUCGAUUGUUGUCCCAUGCGUAGAAUUUGAAAAUGAUGGUGGCUGAACAAAGAAUGUUACUAAUUAACCGUAUAUUGCCACCAAUAGAAAUAUGAAUUUGUGUUCUUUUUUUGAAGAUUAAUUGGUUUUCUAGAAAUUAAACUUUGUCAUGCCUGGUUAGUGCCAACGAUCUAAUAGUUAUCUUUGUAGCUUGUUUCAACAUGAUUGUUGCGCAAACAAAUUUUUUAUAUUUAUUAUGGUUGAUGAUCUAGAUAUGAUUGACUAAAAUAUACUAUUUCAGUUCAUUAUUUAUCAUUUUGAGAUUACUAACACAACUCAUUAACCAUACUAACCCAACUGAAUGACGCUGAAAGAAGAAAUUACAGUGUUUCAAUCAUCCAAUAACCAUUCGGAACCACAAUGUUGGAAACUAAUGAACUUAUAGUAUAUGUUUACCUUUAGACACCAUUAGUGAUAUAUGUGUAUAUAUCACUAAAUUAUAUGACUUAAUUAGUGAUAACUGAUAACCUUACAUAUGAAUAAAAUACAUUUUAGGGUAGCGAAUUAGAAAAUAUUUUUUUGGUUCUGAGCCGUCGUUGUCGGGUCCGAACGUCAGUAAAUGCAGAAGGCUCAUGCUGAGACAGACAACGACAUGUCCUUGUAAGAGACAAGACCAAAAGGAGUAAAACCACCAAAAAGUUAAUUGGGUUAGUUAACUACUUAAAUAACAUACCCAUAUAUACAUAUAUGUAUAUACUUGAUGAUGCUGAUGCUGACAUGAUGACAUACAUACAUAACUGCUCCUCCUUUUUGUAUUAUUGAUGCAGUAAAGGUGCCUCCAGAGUAUGCUGCACAUGAGAACACUAGUGUAACUAUCCGUUUUCUCUCUGUGCUUUACUGUUACAUUACCAAAACCACUCUAUACAUGCAUCUUCAUACUGGGGAGAUAAACAGUAAUAUGAAAAUCACGGUUUAUAGUUACAUGUCAAGACAAGGAUAUGCUUUUAUGGAUAUGGGUUGUAAAGGACCCACAAGGUAAGAAAAAUUUGAUUAACAUGAUUCUUUUCAAUAAUCUUAUUUAUACUAUUUCCGUUUCACUUUAAAUCUUCAAGUGUUGUUUUAGUAACUUUUUCAGUUUAAUUAAGUGAUGUUUUCAAGUUUUUAUACACAAAUUAAAUGUUAUUUGUAGACAUCAUUAUUCUGUGGUCUGAUUUUUAUUGGUUGAAUAAGUUAUAGUUAUUGUUUUUUAAUGCAAACAAAGAUAAAUUGAAUAAAAUCUAGUAAUUCAUUUCAAUUAUUUUCAAACAGAUGAUAUGAAAACACUCGGAAAGCUAGAUGGACAAUAAAAUAUUUUAAUUUUUUAUGGACAAAAACAGAAGAAAAGAUGAUCGGAGGUCAUUAACUCAACUGGAGACGAUUCUAACUACUGUGUACAUGUAGUUUCGGAUCUAAAGGAUUAUGGACUUCGGUCCGUACCUCUCAUGUCAUGGUAUUCACAAAAAAAAAAAACAGAAGAAAAGUGAUUGUCAUCACUGUAUGUUUCUUGAUUGACCUGAGAAGAUAAUUCAGCAACCUAUUGGAAAAAAAAAAUUAAACACAAGCUUUCAUUUCUCACGGAAACAAAUUGUAUGCUAAAAAAUAUUAAUCACUCCAAAGAAGAUAAAAUGAACAUUUAAUUAUAUUUAUAAAUUUAAGACAUAAUUUCAAAAAAGAAGUUAGACAUAUAAUUACUAGCUUCUAAAACUAUAUCAUCAUCUUUAAAUAAAUCAUUAAUAUUUUUUUGAAAGAAGGUCUAUAAACAAUUUGAGACAACAAUGUUGAUUAUAAGCUAGUUCAUCAAGUAAACCAAACUAGGUAAUUGGCAUCACAAAACCUGAUCCAAUGAUAGACUUAGCUUGUGGGCACAAAUCACCUAAACUGAAAUCUCCGGUGAAAGUCACACCACACGUAGACAAAAUAUUAUAUAUCCAUGGAAAAACUCAUUGCAAGAACACUAGAAACUUAACCCAAGGCCCAUAAUGGACUUUAAAAAAAAGAAUAGAACUAUAAAAGAGAUUACAGACAAGCCCAAUGGGCCGCACCGAACCGAAGUUAACUGAAGCUGAACUAAAAACUCCGUACUAAGUUUUGUUCCUUCUCACACGCUCACUCUUUCUCUGUCGCUGUCUCGCUCGAUCCUUCCUCUGUUUCGUAGCUUCUGCAACAGAUCUCUCUCUCUCUCUCUCCAUCUCUCAGAUCACGAUGGCACAUAGCACUUCCCCUGGUGCUGAGGUCGUUGGACGUGCCUUUGUGGAGCAGUACUAUCACAUCCUCCACCAAUCGCCCGGUUUAGUUCACCGGUUCUAUCAAGAUUCUAGCAUGUUAACCAGACCAGAUGUUACCGGUUCUGUAACCACUGUCACAACUAUGCAAGCGAUCAACGAGAAGAUUAUGUCGUUGAAGUAUGAAGACUACACGGCCGAGAUAGAAACUGCUGAUGCUCAGGAGUCUUAUGAGAGAGGCGUUAUUGUCUUGGUGACUGGAGGUUUAACCGGGAGUGAUAACGUGAGGAAGAGGUUUAGUCAGACUUUUUUCUUGGCUCCACAAGACAAGGGUUACUUUGUCUUGAACGAUGUGUUUAGGUUCCUUGAGGAGAAAGAUGUGGCAGCACACAAUGGAACCACCAGGGAUGUUCAGGCACCUGUGGAGCCAGAACGUGUUGUUGUUAGUCAUGAGGCUGAGGUGGAGCCUGAGCCAGUUGCUUCUAUUGAGGAAGAUCUUGACAAUGUGGCGGAGGUGUAUGAUCCUUGUGAGAAAGAUGAAGGUGUUGUUGUUGACGCUGAGCCUAUUCAGCCUCCACCUCAAUUAAGUCACAGUGAAGUCCCAUCAGUGCCUCAAGGAGAUCCUCCUAAGCAUUCAUAUGCUUCUAUUCUCAAACUGAUGAAUAGCAGUCCAGCACCAGCACGUGUUGUUGCUCGGAACAAGCCAAGACCAGCUCCGGUUAGUACUAAUCAGAGACCAACUGCUACUCCUCCUGCAGCAUCUGAAGCUUCAGGUGUGGAGAAUGUUCAAAACAGUAACAAUGUUGAUGUGGAAGAUGAUGGUCAUUCGAUUUAUGUCCGAAACUUACCGUUUGACGCUACACCAACACAACUUGAAGAGGUGUUCAAGAGCUUUGGUGCUAUCAAGCAUGAAGGGAUUCAAAUCAGGAGCAAUAAGCAGCAAGGUUUCUGUUUUGGUUUUGUGGAGUUUGAAACAUCUAGCGGCAAGCAGAGUGCACUCGAGGCCUCGCCGGUUACAAUUGGUGAUCGGCAAGUUGUUUUAGAGGAGAAGAAACCAAACAGAGGCAACAGUGGAGGUGGUGGUAGGGGAAGGUACUUUGGAGGAAGAGGAGGUUUCAGAAACGAAAGUUUUAAAGGAGGACGUGGUGGUGGAGGAGGAGGAGGAGGAGGAAGAGGAGGUUAUGGUAGAGGUGAGUUUUCUGGUAGACCAAAGAGCUCAAACACACGGAGUGGAGGAGAAGGUUACCAGAGAGUUCCUCAAAACGGAGGAGGCAGUGGAAGAGGAGGUGGAGGAGGAGGACGUGGCGGGCCUCGCGGUGGUGCUUCAUCUUGACUUUGCAUUUAGUAGUGCAUAAGAGAGUAGUUUUAAGUUUUGUUUUACAUCUAUUUUUCUUUGCCUUACUACUUGAGUUUAGUUGAUAUUGGCACCGUUUUUGGCUUUUCUAUAUUUUUGGUUGGCUUAGUUUUUCGAUAUUCUUGCUUUUCAUCCUUUAAUUCUUCACUAAGAAGUGAGAACUUUCUUCAUAAACAUUAAUUUUCAUAAGAAAUCCAUUUCAUAGUUGUGUUCUUGA